AUGCCUGGCAUUAUCCCUAUGAAGGUGAUCCGCGUGGGCAACAGCUCCCAGAGCCGCAUUGCCCAGGCCUGCGAUCGAUGUCGAAGUAAAAAGAUUCGCUGCGAUGGCAUCCGGCCCUGCUGCACCCAGUGUGCCAACGUCGGCUUCGAGUGCCGCACGAGCGACAAGCUCAGCCGUCGUGCCUUCCCGCGAGGCUAUACAGAGUCGUUGGAGGACCGCGUACGGACACUGGAAGCCGAAGUGAGGGAAUUGAAAGGUCUCCUCGACGAAAAGGAUGAGAAGAUCGACGUUCUCUCGCGCCUGCACUCCUUUUCCUCAUCUCCUAACAAGGACCGUUCGCCUCGUCACUCUUCUUCUCCCACGUCUGACGGCCCUCGAUCCAGUCUUUCCGACGGCGACGGCGUCAUUCUGGUUGACCAUGCGCCGUCUCUUCUGAAAAAGCCCACCGCCGAGGAACCAUUUACGGGACCCGCCAGCGUCCGUGCUUUCUCAGGCGUAUUCGCGACCAGGCUGCAUGAGCAGGGGAAGUCGUUGUCUACGUUUUCCACCGAGGCGUUGACAGCGUUGCCCCCAAUCAUCUCCCACCCUCACGGCGACAAGCCAAAUACGCCGCCUCGGCUGGUGUCGGAUCAGCUGAUUAACAUCUUCUUCCAAGAAUGGGCGCCGCUGUAUCCGGUUGUUCAUCGGCCCACCAUCCUCAAGGCCUACGAUCGCUAUCUGACGGAUCCGGAGUCGCUGUCAGUGCCCGUGAUUACGCAGUUGAACCUUAUCUUCGGCAUUGCGGCUCUCUCGUCCAAGUCGAGAACCAACCAAGACCCCGUUCUCUUUGAGCGGAGUUGGUACCCGGCGCUGGAGUCGCUUUCGGGGGACAUUUCCGUCCCAACUCUGCAGUGCUAUGUUCUAGCCCAGAUCUACUGCCUGGCAAAAGGCGACUAUAGGACCCUUUCUCGAUAUCGAGGUAUUGCUGUGGGUCUCUGCCAGAUGCUUGGGCUUCACCAGAGUCAGACACGCUUCGCAUUGGAUCCUCUGAGCACCGAAACGCGUAAGAAGGUCUUUUGGUGCCAAUACGGCCUGGAUCGUUUUGUGUCCGCUCUGACCGGCCUUCCCAUUCUGCUGCGCGACUGUGAUAUUGGCACCGAAUAUCCCGCCGAUGUUGAUGACGAGAAUGUGACCGAAACUGGAUUUCUCCCGGCCCUCCCCGGCGAAUCCACCCGUCUCUCCAGUGCGUUGGCACUUCUGGGGGCGUCGAGGAUUCUCAGCAAGGUUUUAGAUCUGUUAUAUCCGUCGCCGGCGGGCUACGAGAUCCCGGUGACGAAGUUACGCGCGCUCGCAGAUGAACUGGACUCAUGGCAGCGAGGCCUUCCACCUCAUUUGAAGUUGGAGUUCUCCCAAGACAAGCCAAGCACAGGCAUUACAAGCAGUCGGUCUCCGCUUCUGUCAAUGGUGUAUUAUUUCAUUCGGUCACUGAUCCAUCGGCCUGCGGCCUGUUUCGGCUCUCCCAAUGUUGCAUCGCCGUCAGUUUUGGCUCUGUCGGAUUCCAGCAAGCACAUGAUUCAAAUUCUGCAGCUGCUGGAUGAGAGACGGCUGACCCUGUCCUUGGCCAUCAACCGACAGGAGCUGGUCUUCCUAACCGGCCUGGGAUUGCUCUGGCAGAACAUGGGU